GGCGGCGGCAACUACAACUCCCAUGGGGCAGCGGGGCCGCGGCGCCCACGAGUCCCGGCAGCCUUUGCGAGCCCGAACCGGUCCGGGCAGUACCGGCAGGCGCCACGUGAGAGGCGCGGGAAUGUUCGUGGAAGCCGCGGAGAAGCGGCGGCCUCUCCGGAUGGCGGCGUGCGAAGAGGCGCCCGCGGUCCCGCCGGGGCAGGUGGAUGUCGCGCGCGGCCUAGAAAACCUGCCCGUGAGCGCGUGGCCCCCGGGGGCCGGGCCCGGGCCCUUCCAGUACACACCUGAUCAUGUACGUGGACCGGGUGCAGACAUGGAUCCCACUCAAAUAACCUUUCCCGGAUGCAUUUGUGUCAAAACUCCCUGCCUCCCUGGCACUUGCUCCUGUCUCCACUAUGAGGAAAAUUAUGAUGCUAAUUCAUGCCUUAGAGAUACUGGAUGGGAAGCAAAGUACGCCAAGCCUGUUUUUGAAUGCAAUGUCCUGUGCCAGUGUGGUGACCACUGCAGAAACAGAGUGGUCCAGAGGGGUCUGCAGUUCCACCUCCAGGUGUUCAAGACAGAUAAAAAAGGUUGGGGACUUCGUACCUUGGAAUUUAUACCAAAAGGAAGAUUUGUCUGUGAAUAUGCUGGCGAGGUUUUAGGAUUCUCUGAAGCACAGAGAAGAAUUCACUUACAAACGGUAUGUGACUCAAAUUACAUAAUAGCCAUCAGGGAACAUGUUUAUAAUGGGCAGAUAAUGGAAACAUUUGUUGACCCUACCUAUUUAGGAAAUAUUGGAAGAUUCCUUAAUCAUUCUUGUGAGCCAAACCUCUUGAUGAUUCCUGUCCGGAUUGACUCAAUGGUACCUAGGUUGGCACUCUUUGCAGCCAAAGACAUUUUGCCAGAAGAAGAACUCUCUUACGACUAUUCGGGAAGAUUUCUUAAUCUAAUGGACUGUGAAGACAAAGAAAGGCUGGAUGAGGGAAAACUAAGAAAACCUUGUUACUGUGGUGCCAAAUCGUGUACUGCUUUCCUCCCUUUCGACAGUUCGCUGUACGGCCCCUUAGAAAAGCCAAGCAUCAAUUAGGAAGGAAGCUGCCCAACCACUAAGAGAGGCCAGUGGGUGGGAAUGAGAACCAAGCAUGUGCGGCCCAGCGCCUUAUGCCUUCCUCUCCUCCAAGCAACUUACUCUUGAGGGAAGUCUGGUCCGUGGCAAGCAGCUUGCCCCUCUUCAUAAGGAA